AUGUGCCGUGCAUAUAUCAAAAGGAACAGUAUCAAAUGCAAAACCCCAAGCUCGGUUCAUCUAGGGAGGCGCAAAGCUUCAUACUUUUUAGGAUUCCACGGCCAGACCAGACUUAUUACGGUCACCCCUGACGCGAUCAUUCCAUCAGUAAAUGAACCGAUCGAGGCCAGUGGAGGAUCAAGAAGACGCAGGAGCGAUUUAUUUGACUCUCGUGGGCGACGUCAGUGUGUCACCUGGGAAACAAUGACAGACGAGGAACGGGAGGAAGUGCAGAGAAUGAAAAGGUGA